UUCACCAGAAGUUGAUGGUCGAGCACGUACUGGAUAACCAUAACACAGGGAUAUAGCCGUUAAUGAAGUAUCAAUCAAAUUUAAAAAGAAUUCGACCGUUGAGCCAGAUAAUGCCGUUGUUUCUCUUUCUCCUAUAAUCAUUCGUUCUCAAGAAGAAGAAGGGUUUCUUUCUCCUCUCUAUUUUCCCGCACCAGGAAGAAGAAAAUUCGAAAAUGGUGAGAGAAGAGACGAAGAAGAGCGCACAAGCCUAUUCAAAGCAAGCAAAUCCGGUAGAGAACAGCCAAGAUAUGGAGAAUCUGUUCAGUCCCAGAUUCAAAUCUGUGGCCGCCAUGGCUGGUUGGGAUGAGGAAGCUCUAUUGAUUGCUAGCCUCGUUGUUGAAGACACGCCUGAUCGAAAUGUUAAGCACAAAAAACGAUCGGAUUUGCAGUUCAAGACUCCGCCUUCCACUAAUUCAAGAAAAAAACGCAGGGCUCAGAGAAGCAGUCCUACUACAAUCCCUCUUCCUGUUCUUGACUUAGAAGAAGAAGAAUCUGUAAAAGAAGAGAGAGGGAAGAGCAAUACAGAAACAGAAAGUGUUGUGAAAGAAGAAAAAAGGGAAGUAGGAGAAAAGGAAUUGAAAGAGAAGAAUUCUGGCGUUUCUUGCUCAAAUUUGGCUCUUCCAUGCAUGGAUAAACUCAGAGAAGAGCUUUCUUGCGCUAUUUGUUUGGAGAUUUGCUUUGAACCAAGUACCACUACUUGUGGACACAGUUUCUGUAAGAAAUGUUUGAGGUCUGCUGCUGAUAAAUGUGGAAAAAGAUGUCCAAAGUGCAGGCAACUAAUAAGUAAUGGAAGAUUAUGUUGCACUGUGAACACUGUUCUUUGGAACACAAUACAGCUUCUGUUUCCUCAAGAAGUUGAGGCAAGAAAGGCUGCUUCAAGCAGCCAAGAAGGUGGUGAGCCUAAGAGGGAAGAAAGAGGACAUGAUGGGAAUCCUCGAAGAAGUUUGCGGAGUCAAGACUCAUCAAGGGGGAGAAGAAGAGGAGAGUUGAAUGAAAAUGAGGAAUCUAGAUUGAGUGGUAGGUUCGAGAGAGAGGACAUUUCGCGAUUAUUAGCAGUAGGGAGCGGGAGAAGGAGAGAAAGACCGAGCCAAGACGAAGAUGCAGCAUUGGCUUUUAGAUUGCAAAGAGAAGAGUUUUUGAAUGCUUUUGAGGAGCAAUCUCAAUCUAGGAGAAGCUCUCUUCAAUUGGCAAGAGCUAACUUGAGAGCUAUGGCAUCAAGAGCAAUCAACACUCGGAGAAGAAAUCACCAACCCGUCUAGUUAAUUCGUAUUGUUGUUGUGUUUAGUUUCAAAUUUUAAUUAUAGAAUUUCGAUGGAAUUUAAUGCACUGACGUUAA